AUGGAGGAGGUGCUGGCGCCUGCACGAAUUCCGGUGAAGCCGAUAGUGCGAGGUGCCUGGGAGUUGGCGAAGAGGCAUGGACCGAGAAUUGUGAACGGUGCCAAACGCGCCAUCGGUGCCGGUGUGCGGAAGGCGAAGGAGGUUGGUGGGAAGAUUGUGCGGGGUGCGAAGAGGGCAGGCAAGGCAGUUUGGGAGAGGCUGAGCGUUCCGGUGGAUUGGCCCUUCAAUGAUGACGACGACUGA